UAAAGGGGCGGGGGGGGGGAGGUGAAGCAAAGGUGACAGUGUAUUCGGGUGACCACAGCCGCCGAGGGGUUUCACUUCCGGGUUAGGCGAAGGCCCAGACGGAUCUGGCCGAGCGCUGCUUCCGGGUGACUGUUCUCAGGGACCGUGGUGUCUAGGGCUUGGGGUCCUCGCUCCCCAAGCGACGCCGAGAAGGCGGCUUCCUCGGGGACUGAAGGACGUGAACUCCGGGGGAGACACAAAAGGAUCCGGGUCGCACCGGACCCGAGCCCCUGACCGUUGCCCAUGGCGGCCUUAGGCCCGGGCAGCCAGAAUGUCACCGAGUAUGUCGUUCGAGUACCCAAGAACACAAACAAAAAGUAUAACAUAAUGGCAUUUAAUGCAGCUGAUAAAGUCAACUUUGCUACUUGGAAUCAGGCCCGGCUGGAACGGGACUUGAGCAACAAGAAAAUUUACCAAGAGGAGGAGAUGCCCGAGUCGGGCGCAGGCAGCGAGUUCAACCGCAAGCUCCGGGAGGAGGCCCGCAGGAAGAAGUACGGCGUUGUGCUCAAGGAGUUCCGGCCCGAGGACCAGCCCUGGCUGCUCCGCGUCAACGGCAAAUCGGGCAGGAAGUUCAAGGGCAUAAAGAAGGGAGGCGUGACAGAGAACACGUCCUACUACAUCUUCACCCAGUGCCCCGAUGGGGCCUUCGAGGCCUUCCCCGUGCACAACUGGUACAACUUCACGCCGCUGGCCCGGCACCGCACGCUCACCGCCGAGGAGGCUGAGGAGGAGUGGGAGAGGAGGAACAAGGUGCUGAACCACUUCAGCAUCAUGCAGCAGCGGCGGCUCAAGGACCAGGGCCAGGACGAGGAGGAGGAGGACAAGGAGAAGCGCGGUCGCAAGAAGCCCAGCGAGCUGCGCAUCCACGACCUGGAGGACGACCUGGAGAUGUCGUCUGAUGACAGUGACGCCAGUGGCGAGGAGGGCAGCAGAGCGCCCAAGGCCAAGAAGAAGGCGCCACCCACCAAGGCGGGCAAGAAGAGGAAGAAGAAGAAGGGCUCGGACGACGAGGCGUUCGAGGACAGUGACGACGGGGACUUCGAGGGCCAGGAGGUGGACUACAUGUCGGACGGCUCCAGCAGCUCCCAGGACGAGCCCGAGGCUGGCAAGCCCAAGGUGCCGCAGCAGGAGGACGGGCCCAAGGGUGUCGAUGAGCAGAGCGACAGCAGCGAGGAGAGCGAGGAGGAGAAGCCACCCGAGGAGGACAAGGAGGAGGAGGAGGAGAAGAAGGCGCCCACCCCGCAGGAGAAGAAGCGCCGGAAAGACAGCAGCGAGGAGUCCGACAGCUCGGAGGAGAGUGACAUCGACAGCGAGGCCUCCUCGGCCCUCUUCAUGGCGAAGAAGAAGACGCCCCCCAAGAGGGAGCGGAAGCCCUCGGGAGGCAGCUCGAGGGGCAACAGUCGCCCAGGCACGCCCAGCGCGGAGGGCGGCAGCACCUCCUCCACCCUGCGAGCUGCCGCCAACAAGCUAGAGCAAGGGAAGCGUGCGAGUGAGACCCCGGUGGCCAAGCGGCUACGGCUGGAACCUGGGCCCCAGAGCCUGUCGGGCAAGUCGACCCCUCAGCCGCCCUCGGGCAAGACGACGCCCAACAGCAGCAGCGACGUGCAGGUGACCGAGGACGCUGUGCGCCGCUACCUGACGCGGAAGCCCAUGACCACCAAGGACCUGCUGAAGAAGUUCCAGACCAAGAAGACGGGGCUGAGCAGCGAGCAGACAGUGAACGUGCUGGCCCAGAUCCUCAAGCGCCUCAACCCGGAGCGCAAGAUGAUCAACGACAAGAUGCACUUCUCGCUCAAGGAGUGAGGCCGCCCGAUAAACAGGCUCUUCCUCCGCCA